GGUUCAAAUCCAAACACAAGAUGAUGAUCGAAAAAGGUGCACACUAAAAUUUAACUCCGACCCCACACCGCGCUUACAGUACCAACUCAACUUAUUAGAAAGUUCGGCUUCAUAAGAAUAUCCUUAAGCUACGGUAAUAGGUAGAUAGACACCUAUCACAACCCUUUUAAUUCACCAUUGAAUUAUUUCUAUAUUUGAAAAAGAAAACAUCCAAUUCAUUUCGAGUCUUCUUGAAGGACAACCUUUCGCGCGCAAACUUCAACUAUCCUUCCUGGUGCCUCAAUUUCACAUAGAAAUCGUCCUGAUCCGCACCACUUCCUCGCAUUAAAGACCACCGGGCGAACCUGCAGCUCACAACACAUCUCAUAUAUAGGGAUUAGAUCUAUCACUCGGCUUUGGACAAUCAAACAAGCUGCGCAAAUACACGUCAAGGGCUUCAGAUACGCGCCUAAGAACCAACAUCUACAACGAACUACAUCUACAAGAAUACCGUACUUGCAACACUGUCACCUCUUAAGAUGGCGACCGACAUGGAUAUCGAUAUGGAUAUCGAUGUUGGGAUUAUUGAGGAGUUGCCCGUUCCAGAUAUGGUAGACAUCGAGCUGAUUCCGGAUCAGCCUGCGGCACAAAACGAAACAUCGGCUCCAAAUGAUAACUCUGGCCCAGAUGCAGAAAACCCCACACCAGAGAAAGUCCACAUUCGCGGUUUGGACAAUCUUACCACUCAGGAUGUAAAGAACUUCGCGCAGCACUACUUUACCGAACAUAUCUCACGAGUAGAAUGGAUUGAUGAUUCUUCAUUGAACUUAGUGUAUGGAAGCAGCGAUAUUGCCGAAACAGCUCUUCGAAAGUUCUCUUCUCAAGAACUUCCGGAGGAUAUUUCGCAGCUUCCAGUUUUACAAUCAUUUCCUGCCAACCCUUUUCCCGAAAACCCCAAAAUCAGCUUACAAGUACGCCUUGCCGUGGUCGGAGAUCGCAAACAGAGAGGAGCCCGAGAGAGAAGUCGCUUCUACCUUUUCAAUCCCGAACACGACCCUGCGGAGCGCCGAAAACGCGAGGGUGGACGAAGAUAUCGGGAUCGAGAUGAUGACGGGUAUAGAAGUCGGAGAUAUGACGAACGGGAACAACGUAACCGACAGCGUGAAGAUGCGGAAGCAGGGUUUAAUGCAAGUCUUUACGACGACGACGAAGCAGCCUUGGCAACUAGAGCCACAAGAGGUCAUGGACGAUCAGGAUCUGACUCGCCCAAUAGCGAUUUCAGAGAACGAGCUGGCAAUCGACGAGGCUCAGGUUCGCGAGAGUUGUUUCCGGAUAGGAGUGGAAAUGAUGGAAGAUUGAGAGAUCGAAGCGCAUCGCCCAUGAGGAAUGAGGACAGAGCUAGAGAUAACAAUAGACGACGUCGAGAUACAGCAGCUGCAGAGAAUAGGUCGAAAGGGAAGGUUAUCAAAGCUCGCCUCCGCAGAGAAUCUGCUACAAAGGAACUCUUCCCGAGCAAAUUAGGUACUACUCAACGAAAGUCCGGUGCUUUAGAUGCUGCAGACGAAACAGCAGAUUUGUUUGCAAAUAAGAUGCCUGUCCCAUUUCUUGAUGGAAGCUCAGAUAUUCGACCUAGUAAACUCUCAUUGGCAGACAGGAUUACAUCAGAACAGCCACAGCAAUCGCAAGGCUUUAGCAUUCGUGGAACUGCAAAGCCUGCUUCUACUGGGUUCUCUAUCAAAGGUUUAGCAUCCGAUAAUUCAACCAUGAAGGAACUAUUUCCUUCGCGCUCGGGGAGUGGAAACACUGGGAAAGAGCUCUUUUCGGAGAGGUUAGUUGGAAGGGGCGCAAGAAGGCAGAAGGCCGAAGAUUUAUUUUACUAGGUUCGGGAGGUCAUGAAGUCGUUCACAGGCAUCUAGUGAUAUUUUCUCUGCGGUUGACAGGAUUGCAUAUAGCGUUGGGGUAUCGAUGCUUUAGCAAAUGGAGUUAUAUGGGAAUGGAAAUGGAAAUGGAAAUGGAAAAGAUACCAUUAUACUCUGCACAUAGUAAGCAGCUUUUCGCAAGCAAGCCGAAGCUCGUAGUCUAUUUAUAUUAUUCAAUAAUCACCUCUCAAAGCUUCUUAGGUACAUAAUCGCAGGCCAACGAAACUGUGAAAUGCUUUCCGACAAUAAAGGGACUCGCGAUAAUGUAGCCAAAUUCCUUUUUGUUCAACUGAUAAAUGCUAUGAACCGAGUCAGUUUACCACCAACGACUUUCAAACACCAUUCAUUCAUCUUUGAAACCAAUGUAAAUACUCAUCUACA